AUGGCUAGACUCAACGAAGCACCAAUGUCUGCGGACACCCUCGAAACGCUUCGAAAGAAGAUGCUACGGCAGAAUAGAGAUCUUGCAAAGUCAAACAACGUACGCGCCCUGCGGAUCAGGGAAUUAGAAAGCGAAUGCGCCCUUAUGCUCUCGGAAAACCUGGAGCUCCGAAGCCGAAUUCUGGAACUCGAGAAGCAAGUUGAGGACAACGAGGCCAGACGGAUAGCAGACCACGCAUUGGCAAUCAAGGCUAAGCUAGAAGCACAACUUACGGAAUGGGGUAGUCUUCUGUCCGGCUUGGGAUUGGAACCCCCUAUGAAAAGACACUCUCCUCGAAUUCGCAAGUCCAUCAACAAGCGCAUGAGCUUUGCUGCUGGCAGGCCAAGCCCGUCGCAGCGGAGGUUGCGCGAUAUCGCCAGAGAAAUUGAGGAACUUGGCCACAUAUCUGAAAACAGGUCAUCCUCGCGACAGUCGUUGAAUCCUGAGCAAAUACGAGCUCUGAGAUCCGAAGCCGACUCCGCCGACUUCGAGGCUCCUGCGACGCAGCGAUACGUCUAUCCAGAGCCCAUCAAAGUUGACUCACCUCCGCGUCGUGAACUAGCCAAGCCGGAACUCUCUAGUCCAAGGAAAGCAAUAGAACCUCCAGUUUCACUGUCAUCACCUCGAGCGAAUAAGGCAGUCGAGCCCUCAUUGCCAUCACCAGAGAAGAAGAGAAAGGAACCCGUUAGCCGUCCACAGAAAGUAGCAGCGCAACCUGGCACACCAGCACCAGAAAGCGUCACAACAUCGGUGAGAACAGGAUCAAAGAGGAAAUUUGCCCAAGACGAAUCAGAAAAUGCUCCACCUCGACAAACGGCGAAUGAGAACACUGUACCACGAUGUACAGCGGACAAAGUCUCCAUUCGAGAGAAGGCUGGCGGCAAAACAUUGAAAGAGCUUGCACAUAUAAGGAAGGAGGCCCGUGAGAAGCAAGUGACUACUGGCACUGGACGUAAACCACUGGCUUCCAAGAGUACGAAUGACGAUAUCAGCUCCCCUCGGAAGAAUUCCAGGCCUGUUGUAAGGGAUGAGGUCGCUGUGGCUAAAGCAGAGAUGGCCAAGCCAAAGGUUGUCAAAGAAAGAUCAAAGUCCAAGGCGAAGUUAGAUUCUGCGACAAAGGUUACUUUAGCUCCAGUUACUGAAAUUGUCCCUCCGACCACAACAACAGUUACCAGCGAACUCGCCUUGCCUAUCCCAGAGCCCGCCUUGAUGUCACCAAACUCGCCAGAACCGGCAUCUGUUGGGGAUGCUCAACGGGGCGACACACCUCCUCCUGCCGAUAUCUCCUCCAGUGGGGAGACUGCGCGAGGAAGCAGAAGGAAUAGGACAACCAUCAGCUACGCAGAGCCCAAUCUCAGAGAUAAGAUGAGGCGACCAACGAAGGAACUCUUUGAUGCGGUGGCAGGAGAAGGGAAAUACGCAAGAAGAGCGAGCCAAUGUGAUCAGCCAACAUCCGAUGGACCCAAGAUUAAGCGUGAAUCCGAUGCGGGAGAUUCUCUGGGACGCAUUCCUUGUGCGACCAGUGAAUCGGGGGCGCCAGAGCCUGGCAGCAUUCCGGCUAGCCCUCUGGCGAAAAAGAGUUCAAAUCAAGAUGAUGUUCCUGCGGCAGUCAGUACCGAACGUCGGCGUCGGACAUCCGCCCAAAGCAGAGCUGCCGAGUUUGCAGCAGAUCUCAGCAUGGAAGGGGAUGAAAACGAAAACGGCGACGUUGAUAUCUACGAAUUUUCCAGCUCGUCACCGCAACAUGAUGACGACGCGCCUGCGGAAACAACGAGAACUACACGCCGCCGCGGAGGAGCAAAUACUCGACGGCGAUCGGCGGCUGUUGAUAGCGAAGAGAGCGGUACUGCCAAGGAGCGAAGUGUUUCUCGGCGGCGAAGUAUGAUGGUCUAA